GCGGCGAGCACGGGAGGAGUGAGGCGUCACUCCACUCCCAAUCAAUCCUAACCGUCCAUCUUGGAAUCCAUCUCAACAAAACCUCCCUCUUAUCGCCUCCCUCUUAUCACCAUCCCCACCCUAAUCUCCUCCGCCGCAGAUGUCUCCCGCUUCUCCGCCGCUCUCCACGCCGCCGCCAACAUUCUCCGGCGACACACUCGACCUCAUCCUCAACCGCCUACUUCCCACGCUUCUCGUCACCGCCCUCUCUGCAAGGUCUCUCGUCGGCCGGUGGCGCCUUCUCCACUCCAAGUUAUCGGUACUCCUUUCCUCUCUCUCCGCCGCAGCUUCGGCUUCAAGCGCUCCUUACUCUUCAGCAAACCCUCUUUUCACUGAUCUUCUCCCUAAUCUCCUCACCACGCUCCGAUCUCUCGAAUCCCUCUCCUCGCGCUGUCUCGAUCCAACUCUCCCUAGUGGAAAGCUCCAUCUCCAGAGCGACCUCGAUAUUGCCACUGCUUCCCUCUCCCUCCACAUCCACGACCUCGAGCUCCUACUCCGAUCGGGUCUUCUUAACCAACCCAACCCUCAUUCCACUGCGAUCGUUCUCUCUCUUCCAUCUUCCUCCGCUUCCCGUGCCGAUCUCUCCCUCUUCGUUCGUGACCUCUUUGCCCGCCUCCAGAUCGGCGCUAUAGAUCUCAAGAUCAAAGCCCUCGACUCGCUGCUACAGUUUCUCGAGUCCGAUCCCCCCAAGCUCGCUCCCGUUGUGGCUCAAGAAGGCGAUCUUUCUUCUCUUAUCCGUCUUCUGGACCCGUCGUCCCACUCACUCAUUCGCGACUCCGCCGCCACCGCUGUAUCUCUUCUCGCAACCGCAUCCGCCACCUCUCGCCACAUUCUCUUUGAUGAGGGAGCACUAGGGCCGCUUCUUCGCGUGUUGGAAACCGGUUCCUUAGCCGUUAAGGAAAAGGCCGCGGCCGCCGUCGAAGUCAUCACUGCAGAUACCACCAAUGCCUGGGCUGUCGCCGCCUACGGCGGCGUUUCGAUCCUCAUCAACGCCUGCCGUCCUGGCAGCGGAUCCCCCUCCAUUCAAUCUCUCGCGGCUUCUUCGUUGAACUACAUUUCUUCCAUUGAUGGCCUCAGAGACUCCAUAGCUGAGGAAGGCGCCGUCCCUGUUCUCAUCGACCUCCUUUCAUCUGGCUCACCUUCGGCAUCGAAGAACGCAGCUCUGUGUCUCUGGUCCCUGGCCUCCUUCGGCGGGGAAGCAAUCAGGGUUUCCAUUGUCGAAGAAGGGGGUUUACGGAAUCUGCUUCAACUGCUUAGCGAUUUCUCUCUGUCUUCAGAUCCGGAUAUCUCCGAGCACACACUGCGCGCUAUUCAUGCUCUCUCUUUGUCCUCUGCUGUGGCUAAAACCCUAUCAUCUUCUCCAGGUUUUUUCUUGCAGUUGACGGAUCUAAUCUUACGCAGCAGCGGCGCCACCCAGCUUGCUGCUGCAGCCGUUCUUUCAAACCUCUCCCCCUCGGAUGAGCUCAAGCGUUAUAUGUCACCUAGCAUGGUUGCUCUGGUUAAGAUGCUGGAGUCCUCGAAGCCUGAGAGCGCGCAGGAGAUUGCAUCCCGCGCGCUUGUCUCCCUCCUCGCCGUUCGAUCCAAUCGGAAGGAGCUCGCGCGCGAUGAGAAGAGCAUCAUGCGGCUCGUACAGAUGCUGGACCCCGGGAGGGAAGAGGUAUGCAAGAAAUACCCCGUCUUCGUUAUCCAUGCACUUGCUGCUGGUGGAGGUGUAGGCUGCCGCCGGCGACUGGGUGAAGCCGGAGCUUGUUCUCAGCUUCAGAAGCUCGCCGAUGCUGAUGUGCCUGGUGCCCGGAAGGCCCUGAAUCGGAUCACCGGUGGCCGCUUCAAGAAUAUAUUCUCCUUCAUCCGCCGGGAGUGAUCCCUUUCCGGCCUGCAGCCGCCGCCGGUCCUAACUCUCCCGCCACCUGACUUGCAGGUUGAAAUGGUGGGCAAAUCUGUCUUAUUUUCAAGGAGAAAAGUGUUGAUUGGUAAUUCAUAGAGAAGCUGAGGUUUUCCUGCAAAUGUUGAUUUUUUAUUUUUAUUUUUAUUUUUAUUUUUAUUUUUUAAGCUGUGUAAAGGAUAAGUGGGAGAAGCAUGGGAUGCAGAGUUUUAGCAAAAGUAUCCUUGUCGACUUUGUUUGUUUACAUUUGUAAAUUAUAUUGGGAUAGUGUCAAUGUCAAUUUAACAUCA